CUAACUGUAGAGAGCAAGGACUUCGCCGUAAAAUGUGCCUAUUGGGCUUGCAGGGAGCCAGAAUUUUCCAUCAUUCAUUGUGGUACGGCGAGUUUUGCGUUUGUUUAAUUUGGACGACUUUGUGCGGGGUUUAAUCACAUAUCCUAAAGCAUGUGUAUUAUACUGGAUUUCGUUAUUGGUUAAUUAAUCUUUGACCACUCAAGCAUCACACUAACCAGAACGUGUUGUUCGGCGGUCGAGGAACGCGUCGAAAAGCGUGGAACAGUCCGGUUCGGAAAUGGAGCGACAUUUUUUGAUUAUUUUUGCCCUUUCUGGUCUCUUGGUAUAUGCGUUAGACUGCCCUGACAAUAUGUACCAGAGCGGCUCGCUCUGUUGCAAGUACUGUCCGGUAGGAACAUAUAUGACAAAGACCUGCAACGUGAGCAAAGGAAAUUCUUUUUGUGAAUCAUGCCCGAGUGAAACGUUCAUGGAUAAGCAGAACAACAACAGCAAGUGUAAGCAGUGUCAGAAAUGCCCACCGUCCCAGACGGCCAUACGGCAUUGCAAGCCAAUUCACGAUAGGGAAUGUGGAUGCCCCCCCGGAACGUACCACGAUAAAGAAGUCUUGAUUUGCUUAGAAUGUCUGAAAUGUAACGUAGGCUACGGGGCGGUGUCACCCUGCACAAAUAUAAGUAACACGGAAUGUCAGCCCUGUCGGGAGGGAACAUUUUCUGAUCGCGUCAGUCACGAACAGGAAUGUUUGAAUUGCUCACAGUGUGAUCCAGGCGCAGUGAUUAAGGAAGAAUGCACAGCAACAAGGGACACAAUCUGCCAGAGAGCGAACAAUUCACGGAUUUCUACUGUUUCCCAAGUUGUCACUUCGGUCUCUCGAGCGCCUUCGGCACCAACCAAUGCUGGACGUUCAUUAAGCCCCGUAGAGAAAGUAACAUCUAACUCCAUAAGGUAUAUCAUUGGCAUUGUUGUCACUGUAGUGCUCCUCGUUCUAAUUGUUGUGGCUAUUUACUGUUACUGGAGGAAACAAAAUCGGCAUGAAGGAAACCAGGCUCAUAACCCUCAAGAAAUGGAGGAAGCGAAGUAUGACUUUGUGCCGCCGACUUCAUCGGAGACACCAGCUCACGCGCGAUCCUCGUACGGACUUCGAGGAAGGCGGACGGUCUACUCCACGAGACCAAAUAGUCAUCAACGAGAUUCUGACUCUCAGGGCAGUAGUGGCUCGUUACAGGGCGUCAGCGUUAGCAACGGCAAAAGUAAAACGUUGGUUCGGGACCUUCCCGCUCAUGUUUUCAUCGAACUUGGAAAGUUUUUAAACCCCAAGUCAAGCAAAAACUGGGUGACACUUGCGGGAUACCUCGAGUUUACUACGAAUGAGAUAAAAAACUUUGAACUUGAGGUCAACGAGGCUACUCAAAACGUGCUUUAUCAAUGGGGACAAAAAGAUAGUUCCACCGUGGAUUUCCUUAUCAAUGUAUUGAAGAAAAUGAAGAGGGAUGACUGCGUGCAAGUUCUUAAGCCGUGGGAUAAUUGAUGAAGCAGAAGGAACUGUACGUGAAAGCGAGGAGAAAAGGCGUUUCUCUCAGGUAGUCGCCCGAAGGUGGAGCUCUCUACUAUCGAGAUGGAUUAAGCGGAAAACUUGAGUUGGACAAUGUUAAAUGGACGCAGAGUCUUGGAUCGUGAAUGAAAGGUUAUUAAGUCGUUUGUUUUGUUCUUGUUGUAAUUAAGGUAGGUGUGGUUGUUCCUUUUUUUUCCAUGAGCGGUUUCCGAUGGUGUAAAAGAUGUCUGUGCGCGAGAAGAAGUCACAAAGCGAAACUUUAACACGAGCGCCUCCCCGCCGACGCGGGUGGUAAAAUCUUUUUAGGCCGAUUUACGCCGUACGACUUUGUCGCGUGCAACAAG